UGUAGAAACUUUGUAACUGAAAAUACCACGAAAGCACCAGUCGCCAAAUCAGGCUACACGCCAACGUGUGCGUCUCUCUCUCACUAUCACAUUAACAUACAGAGAGAGAAAGGGGGGAAGAGAGAGAGAGAGAGAGAGAGAGGAAGGAGAGGGAGAGGAAGAGAGAGGAGUGAAGCGCGCACUUUCCUCUCCACUCUCUCGAAUGCUGUUCGCGUGAAGUUUGACCACUGCGGAUCAGAGGACAAUCAUAUCUUGAGUAUGGGAAACAUAAAGUUGGCAGGAUUUCCGAUUUUGGGUGGCAUUUUGAUUUGGACAUCACUCUGCAUCCGAGGUACAUGGCAAGGAGAGUAUCAGAGAAAGCUGUAUAGGGAUCUGUUGGCCAACUAUAACCGUUUGGAGAGGCCAGUCCAGAAUGACUCUGCAGCCAUCCAGGUGGAGCUGGGCAUGACUCUGCUACAGAUCAUUGAUGUGGAUGAAAAGAAUCAGGUUCUGAUCACAAAUGCCUGGUUGCAGUUGUACUGGACCGAUGUCUACCUGAGCUGGAAUGUUGACGAGUAUCCUGGAGUACAGAACCUGCGCUUCCCAUCCAAUCAGAUUUGGGUUCCAGAUAUCCUUCUCUAUAACAGUGCUGAUGAGAGGUUUGAUGCCACCUUCCACACCAACGUGCUGGUCAACCACUCAGGAGCAUGUCAGUACAUCCCACCAGGGAUUCUAAAGAGCACGUGCUACAUUGAUGUGCGCUGGUUCCCGUUUGAUGUUCAGAAGUGUGAUCUGAAGUUUGGCUCCUGGACACACAACGGCUGGCUGCUGGACCUGCAGAUGGGUGCUGUGGACAUCUCCACCUAUAUUCCCAAUGGGGAGUGGGACCUAGUGGAUGUCCCUGCGAAGCGCAAUGAGCUGUACUAUGAGUGCUGUAAGGAACCAUAUCCUGAUGUCACGUUCACAGUCACCAUGCGCAGACGAACUCUCUACUAUGGCCUCAACCUGCUAAUCCCCUGUGUGCUUAUCUCAGGACUUGCCCUGCUGGUGUUCCUGUUGCCAGCAGAUUCUGGAGAGAAGAUUUCAUUAGGCAUCACCGUGCUGCUGUCUCUCACUGUGUUCAUGCUGCUGGUGGCAGAGAUCAUGCCUGCCACGUCAGACUCCGUCCCCCUCAUAGCACAGUACUUUGCGAGCACCAUGAUGAUUGUGGGGCUGUCCGUGGUCGUCACAGUGUUGGUUCUUCAGUUCCACCACCACGACCCUCAGGCAGGAAAGAUGCCAAAAUGGGUGCGGGUGGUGCUGUUGAACUGGUGCGCGUGGUUUCUGCGCAUGAAAAAGCCUGGUGACUCCCGGGUGGGGGGUGCUGGAGGCAGGGGGUUUAAGUACACCCCUACCCCCCUUCCUCUGCACAGCGCCACCAGCAUCCAGAUGGGCGCCGUGCCAGGGCAGCCAGCGGGCAACAACGGCCACAUGAACCUGUACUUUGGCUAUCACUCCAUGGACGGCCCGGCCAGCAGCGACUCAGGGGUGGUGUGCGGACGGGCGGAUGGGUCCCCCCCCGAGGGGCAGGAGAUCCCCCGCACACUGAGCGAGAGAACUCCUGAAAUACAGCGCAUCCUUGAGGAGGUGUCUUACAUCGCCCACCGUUUCCGUGAGCAGGACGAGGGUGAGGCGGUGUGCAGCGAGUGGAAGUUUGCGGCGGCCGUGGUGGACCGCCUCUGCCUGGUGGCCUUCUCCCUCUUCUCCAUCGUCUGCACCUUCACCAUCCUCAUGUCCGCGCCCAACUUCAUCGAGGCCGUCUCCAAGGACUUCACACCUUAACUCCAGCACCUCCUUUUUUGGUUCUCUCUCUCCGUCUCUCCAUGCCUUUCUCUCUCUCUCUCUCUCUCUCUCUCUCUCUCUCUCUCUCGCUCUCUUUAUGUCUGUUUCUCUUCUCUAUCUCUACAUCAAAUGCACACAUCAAGUGUUUGGAGCGGAAACUCAAAACAUUUAGUCUCUCAUUUGUCACUAUUUCUGUAGUGUGAGUGGAGAUCUUCAGAUAAGGUGUGUGUGUGUGUGUGUGUGUGUGUGUGUGUGUGUGUGUGUGUGUGUGUGUCACAGUUAGAUCAAGCUACUGCUGCCUUUGGUGUAUGUCUGACUUUAAUCAUGUUCUCCAUCACAUUGCCUCUGUCCUUAUAUGAUCAAAUCAGUCUGGACAUGUUUAGGUGAAGUUGUUUAAAUGGGUGCGGGACCCUAAGUGUUUGAAUGAGUGAGAGUGUCUUUGUUUCCUAUACAGAGUGGCUCUCGUUAGCACUCAAUAGAUCUCAAAUAUGUGUUCAAUUUAACCAGAGAGGAUAAACAGUCAAAUUAUUUAGUAAAUCAUUUAAGCUGCCCACUGUUCACACCAGGUGUCAAACUCUAUUGUAAUAACAUUCAGACACGAGACAGACUGUCAGGAACGGGAAGGUGGCCAUUAGCCCGAGAGGACAUGCACUGUGAACCCAACACUUCUAAACACAACAGACUCACUGUGAACUCAACAAACAGCAUUUUCUGUUUUAGAGCACUGCUCCUCUCCCCCUCUCGCUUGCAGAUACAGGUGUUUCCCCUCCCUGCGUGUCUCUGUGGGUAAAGUCAGGAGAUGAAACUGUGGCUCUGAGUGAUUGAGGGGGGAUUGCUCUAGCAGUCUCCCACAUGAUUGUAGCCUGCUGUCCAGGAUGUCUAUUUCAAGGCAAUGUAACAUAAUAAAAUGUAUUAUUAUUUUUCUAUACUUGUACAUAUCCUAGUUUAAACCAUCCUUUGUGAAAUAUCAGAGAAACACAUGGAGAUCGUUAAGAUGAGUAAUCAGCUAUGAGAUGUCCGGUAUUCUGGUCUGCAGAGCGUCUCUCUAUUAUGUGUGUUUGCUGUUCUGUUGAACUAUCUUGUGUGAACUGUGCUGUGUCCUUAUCAGUAUGAUCAGUGCUGGACCUACUCUGAAGCUAAAGCGUGUCCUUCUGUCUCUUUGCUUACAUGUAUUAUUUUGUGGCCUCUUUUUAUCCAGCUCUGCUAUACAUUGGUCUCAGUUACAGGCCGUACAGACUGAUGCAUAUGACACAAGAUGUUUGGUAAAAAAAAAACAAUAAAAAUUUCUUCCGAUGCAA